CCGUCCCUCUCUCUCUCACACACCUCAGGUCUUGUGGUCCAGUCUCCCUCCUCCUUGUAGAGACUCAUUCACCCUAAGGCCCAACCAUGGGUGACGCUGAGAUGGCUGUGUUUGGGGCGGCGGCCCCCUACCUGCGCAAGUCGGACAAGGAGCGUCUGGAGGCCCAGACCCGGGCCUUCGAUCUCAAGAAGGAUGUCUUCGUGCCCGAUGACAAGGAGGAGUUCAUCAAGGCCAAGAUCCUAUCCAAGGAAGGGGGCAAGGUCACCGCCGAGACCGAGAACGGCAAGACCGUGACGGUGAAAGAAGACCAGAUCAUGCAGCAGAACCCGCCCAAGUUCGACAAGAUCGAGGACAUGGCCAUGCUGACCUUCUUGCACGAGCCCGCCGUGCUCUACAACCUGAAGGAGCGCUACGCCUCCUGGAUGAUCUACACCUACUCGGGCCUGUUCUGCGUCACCGUCAACCCCUACAAAUGGCUGCCCGUGUACAACGCCGAGGUUGUAGCAGCCUACAGGGGCAAGAAGAGAAGCGAGGCUCCGCCCCACAUCUUCUCCAUCUCAGACAACGCUUAUCAGUACAUGCUGACAGACAGAGAAAACCAGUCCAUCCUUAUCACCGGAGAAUCCGGGGCCGGGAAAACCGUCAACACCAAGAGGGUCAUCCAGUACUUUGCUGUCAUUGCUGCUAUCGGGGACCGAAGCAAGAAGGAUCAGAAUCCGGGAAAGGGUACCCUGGAGGACCAGAUCAUCCAGGCCAACCCCGCCCUGGAGGCCUUCGGCAACGCCAAGACCGUGAGGAACGACAAUUCCUCCCGCUUUGGGAAAUUCAUCCGCAUCCACUUCGGAGCGACGGGGAAGCUGGCGUCUGCUGACAUAGAGACGUACCUCCUGGAGAAGUCGCGCGUCAUCUUCCAGCUGAAGUCGGAGAGAGACUACCACAUCUUCUACCAAAUCCUGUCCAACAAGAAGCCAGAGCUGCUGGACAUGCUGCUGAUCACCAACAACCCCUACGACUACUCGUUCAUCUCCCAAGGAGAGACCACCGUGGCUUCCAUCGAUGACUCCGAAGAGCUCAUGGCCACUGACAGCGCCUUCGACGUGCUGGGCUUCUCCGCGGAAGAGAAGAGCUCCAUCUACAAGCUGACGGGCGCCAUCAUGCACUUCGGGAACAUGAAGUUCAAGCAGAAGCAGCGGGAGGAGCAGGCCGAGCCCGACGGCACCGAAGAGGCUGACAAAUCGGCCUACCUCAUGGGGCUCAACUCGGCCGACCUGCUGAAGGGGCUGUGCCACCCGCGGGUGAAGGUCGGCAACGAGUACGUCACCAAGGGGCAGAAUGUCCAACAGGUGUCCUACGCCAUCGGUGCCCUGGCCAAGUCCGUGUACGAGAAGAUGUUCAACUGGAUGGUGACGCGCAUCAACGCCACCCUGGAGACCAAGCAGCCGCGGCAGUAUUUCAUCGGCGUCCUGGACAUCGCCGGCUUCGAGAUCUUCGACUUCAACAGCUUCGAGCAGCUGUGCAUCAACUUCACCAACGAGAAGCUGCAGCAGUUCUUCAACCACCACAUGUUCGUGCUGGAGCAGGAGGAGUACAAGAAGGAGGGCAUCGAGUGGGAGUUCAUCGACUUCGGCAUGGACCUGCAGGCCUGCAUCGACCUCAUCGAGAAGCCCAUGGGCAUCAUGUCCAUCCUGGAGGAGGAGUGUAUGUUCCCCAAGGCCACGGACAUGACCUUCAAGGCCAAACUGUACGACAACCACCUGGGCAAGUCCAACAACUUCGGGAAGCCACGCAACAUCAAGGGGAAGCCGGAGGCCCACUUCUCCCUGGUGCACUACGCGGGCACGGUGGACUACAACAUCCUGGGCUGGCUGCAGAAGAACAAGGACCCGCUCAACGAGACCGUGGUGGGCCUCUAUCAGAAGUCCUCCCUCAAGCUGCUCAGCAACCUGUUCGCUAACUACGCGGGGGCCGACGCACCUGUCGAGAAGGGCAAAGGCAAAGCCAAGAAAGGCUCUUCCUUCCAGACGGUGUCGGCUCUGCACAGGGAAAACCUGAACAAGCUGAUGACCAACUUGCGCUCCACCCAUCCCCACUUUGUACGCUGUAUCAUCCCCAAUGAGACUAAGUCUCCGGGGGUGAUGGACAACCCGCUGGUCAUGCACCAGCUGCGCUGUAACGGGGUCCUGGAGGGCAUCCGGAUCUGCAGGAAGGGCUUCCCCAACCGCAUCCUCUACGGGGACUUCCGCCAGAGGUACCGCAUCCUGAACCCGGCGGCCAUCCCCGAGGGCCAGUUCAUCGACAGCAGGAAGGGGGCGGAGAAGCUGCUGGGCUCCCUGGACAUCGACCACAACCAGUACAAGUUCGGCCACACCAAAGUAUUCUUCAAGGCUGGACUGCUGGGGCUGCUGGAAGAGAUGAGGGACGAGCAGCUGUCCCGCAUCAUCACCCGCAUCCAGGCCCAGUCCCGUGGUGUCCUGUCCCGCUUGGAGUUCAAGAAGAUCCUGGAGCGCAGAGACUCGCUGCUGGUGAUUCAGUGGAACAUCCGGGCCUUCAUGGGGGUCAAGAAUUGGCCCUGGAUGAAGCUCUACUUCAAGAUCAAGCCGCUGCUGAAGAGCGCGGAGACGGAGAAGGAGAUGGCCACCAUGAAGGAGGAGUUUUCGAAGCUCAAGGAGGCGCUGGAGAAGUCAGAGGCCCGUCGGAAGGAGCUGGAGGAGAAGAUGGUGUCCCUCCUGCAGGAGAAGAAUGACCUGCAGCUGCAAGUCCAGGCGGAGCAAGACAACCUGGCAGACGCGGAGGAGCGCUGCGACCAGCUGAUCAAGAACAAGAUCCAGCUGGAGGCCAAGGUGAAGGAGCAGACGGAGCGGCUGGAGGACGAGGAGGAGAUGAACGCCGAGCUCACGGCCAAGAAGCGCAAGCUGGAGGACGAGUGCUCGGAGCUCAAGAAGGACAUCGACGACCUGGAGCUGACGCUGGCCAAGGUGGAGAAAGAGAAACACGCCACGGAGAACAAGGUGAAGAACCUGACGGAAGAGAUGGCUGGGCUGGACGAGAUCAUCGCUAAGCUGACCAAGGAAAAGAAGGCCCUGCAGGAGGCCCACCAGCAGGCCCUGGACGACCUCCAGGCCGAGGAGGACAAGGUCAACACCCUGACCAAGGCUAAGGUCAAGCUGGAGCAGCAGGUGGACGACCUGGAGGGAUCCCUGGAGCAAGAGAAGAAGAUCCGGAUGGACCUGGAGCGGGCCAAGCGGAAGCUGGAGGGAGACCUGAAGCUGACCCAGGAGAGCAUCAUGGACCUGGAGAACGACAAGCAGCAGCUGGAUGAACGGCUGAAAAAGAAGGACUUUGAGCUGAAUGCACUCAACGCCCGGAUUGAGGAUGAACAAGCCCUGGGUAUCCAGCUACAGAAGAAACUGAAGGAGUUGCAGGCUCGCAUAGAGGAGCUGGAGGAGGAGCUGGAGGCAGAGAGGACGGCGCGGGCCAAGGUGGAGAAGCUGCGCUCGGACCUGUCCCGGGAGCUGGAGGAGAUCAGCGAGCGGCUGGAGGAGGCGGGCGGGGCCACCUCGGUGCAGAUCGAGAUGAACAAGAAGCGGGAGGCCGAGUUCCAGAAGAUGCGGCGGGAUCUGGAAGAGGCCACGCUGCAGCACGAGGCCACGGCCGCCGCCCUGCGCAAGAAGCACGCGGACAGCGUGGCCGAGCUGGGCGAGCAGAUCGACAACCUGCAGAGGGUGAAGCAGAAGCUGGAGAAGGAGAAGAGCGAGUUCAAGCUGGAACUGGACGACGUCACCUCCAACAUGGAGCAGAUCAUCAAGGCCAAGGCCAAUCUGGAGAAGAUGUGCCGGACCCUGGAGGAUCAGGUGAAUGAGCACCGCAGCAAGUCGGAGGAGACGCAACGCGCGGUCAACGACCUCACCAGCCAGAGGGCCAAGCUGCAGACCGAGAACGGGGAGCUGUCCCGGCAGCUGGAUGAGAAGGAGGCUCUGGUCAACCAGCUGACCCGCGGCAAGCUCACCUACAACCAGCAACUGGAGGAUCUCAAGAGGCAGCUAGAGGAGGAGGUCAAGGCGAAGAACGCGCUGGCCCACGCGCUGCAGUCCGCCCGGCACGACUGCGACCUGCUGCGGGAGCAGUACGAGGAGGAGACGGAGGCCAAGGCCGAGCUGCAGCGCGUCCUGUCCAAGGCCAACUCCGAGGUGGCCCAGUGGAGGACCAAGUACGAGACGGACGCCAUCCAGAGGACCGAGGAGCUGGAGGAGGCCAAGAAGAAGCUGGCACAGAGGCUGCAGGACGCGGAAGAGGCCGUGGAGGCCGUGAAUGCCAAGUGCUCGUCGCUGGAGAAGACCAAACACCGGCUGCAGAACGAGAUCGAGGACCUGAUGGUGGACGUGGAACGGUCCAACGCCGCAGCCGCCGCCCUCGACAAGAAACAGAGGAACUUUGACAAGAUCCUGGCCGAGUGGAAGCAGAAGUUUGAGGAAUCUCAGUCGGAGCUGGAGGCCUCCCAGAAGGAGGCGCGCUCCCUCAGCACGGAGCUCUUCAAGCUGAAGAACGCCUACGAGGAGUCGCUGGAGCACCUGGAGACCUUCAAGAGGGAGAACAAGAACCUCCAGGAGGAGAUCUCAGACCUGACGGAGCAACUGGGGUCCAGCGGGAAGAGUAUCCACGAGCUGGAGAAGGUCCGCAAGCAGCUGGAGGCCGAGAAGAUGGAGCUACAGUCCGCACUGGAGGAGGCCGAGGCCUCCCUGGAGCACGAGGAAGGGAAGAUCCUCAGGGCCCAGCUGGAGUUCAACCAGAUCAAGGCGGAGAUCGAGCGGAAGCUGGCGGAGAAGGACGAGGAGAUGGAGCAGGCCAAGCGCAACCAUCUGCGGGUGGUGGACUCCCUGCAGACCUCCCUGGAGGCCGAGACCCGCAGCCGCAACGAGGCGCUGCGGGUGAAGAAGAAGAUGGAGGGCGAUCUCAACGAGAUGGAGAUCCAGCUGAGUCACGCCAACCGCAUCGCUGCCGAGGCCCAGAAGCAAGUCAAAACCCUGCAGGGUUUGCUCAAGGACACGCAGAUCCAGCUGGAUGACGCGGUGCGCGCCAACGACGACCUGAAGGAGAACAUCGCCAUCGUGGAGCGACGUAACAACCUGCUGCAGGCGGAGCUGGAGGAGCUGCGGGCGGUGGUGGAGCAGACGGAGAGGGCCCGGAAGUUGGCCGAGCAGGAGCUGAUCGAGACCAGCGAGCGCGUCCAGUUGCUCCACUCCCAGAACACCAGCCUCAUCAACCAGAAGAAGAAGAUGGAGGCCGACCUGUCCCAGCUUCAGACCGAGGUGGAGGAGGCCGUGCAGGAGUGCCGGAACGCCGAGGAGAAGGCCAAGAAAGCCAUCACCGACGCGGCCAUGAUGGCCGAGGAGCUGAAGAAGGAGCAGGACACGAGCGCCCACCUGGAGCGCAUGAAGAAGAACAUGGAGCAGACCAUCAAGGACCUGCAGCACCGGCUGGAUGAGGCCGAGCAGAUCGCCCUGAAGGGCGGCAAGAAGCAGCUGCAGAAGCUGGAGGCCCGGGUGAGGGAGCUGGAGAACGAGCUGGAGGCCGAGCAGAAGCGGAACGCCGAGUCCGUGAAGGGCAUGAGGAAGUGCGAGCGACGCAUCAAGGAGCUCACGUACCAGACGGAGGAGGACCGGAAGAACCUGCUGCGCCUGCAGGACCUGGUGGACAAGCUCCAGCUGAAGGUCAAGGCCUACAAGCGGCAGGCGGAGGAGGCGGAGGAGCAGGCCAACACCAACCUGUCCAAGUUCCGGAAGGUCCAGCACGAGCUGGACGAGGCCGAGGAGCGGGCGGACAUCGCCGAGUCGCAGGUCAACAAGCUGCGGGCCAAGAGCCGCGACAUCGGUGCCAAGGGGUUGAAUGAGGAGUAGCAGGGGCCCGCCUUCCUGUUUCACGUCGGCCGAGGCCAAAGGAGUCACCCUGGCCUCAACUCCCUGUACAGUAGCCCCCCGACCUGGCAAGUAGAAUAAAGAGAUUUUCCUAGCUGCUCA